GGUAGAGGAGUAAAGAGAUACUGCGGAGACUCUUCAGCGACCAAGACAGAGCCACUCACAACUCGGCCAAUUGGAUAUUUCGGCUGGAUCUCAUUUUCCGUUGUUGGGGGGUUGUCGUCGUUGGAGUCGCUCGGCCAGACAAACUAUGGAGCAUUACUCAGAUCAGGGCUCUGACGGCAUCGAGCUGCUCGACUGGCUGUUUGAUCAGAACGACGGCAUUCUCCGUCACGUGGAGGCAGGACACGGCGGCAGCCGGCACCCGUGGCCAAACCCGGAGCCCAGCAUGCUGCAGCCGCCGCAGCGCGCGGACAGCGACUUCCUCAGCGCCCUCCUGAGUGGAAACGACUCGGAGUCAGGCUCGCCGCUCUGGUCGCCGUCCCCCAGCGACAGUGGGAUCAGCGAGGACCCUCCCUCAGACCAGAUGGACAGCCCACGACGACCCGAGAGCCCCCCCGGAGACACUCGGUUCUUUGGUGCGAAGCUCCACAGCAAGGCGGCUCUGGAAGCCAACGUCUCCAUCGACCUCAAUGGCUGGGAUCCCAGCUUCCCCACAGGGAGGACGAGGAUCACCCAAUGCAGGCUGCCGCCGUGCUCCGGUUUCCCUCUGACCGUCAAAGACCUGCUCCUGUCUGGGGCGCCGGAGCCCCCCCCACCGCCGUCCCAGCAGUCCAUUCAGGAGCUGAUUCUCAACGAGGACGAGAAGAAGCUUUUAGCCAAAGAAGGGGUGACGCUGCCCACUCAGCUGCCUCUCACCAAGUACGAGGAACGGAUCCUGAAGAAGAUACGGAGGAAGAUUCGUAAUAAGCAGUCUGCCCAGGAGAGCAGGAAGAAGAAGAAGGAGUAUAUAGAUGGGCUGGAGAGCAGGAUGGCUGCCUGCAACGCACACAACCAGGAGCUGCAGAGAAAAGUGUCCCAGCUGGAGAAGUGCAACAUCUCCCUGAUGGAACAGCUGCGCCGGCUGCAGGCUCUGGUCAUGAACACAUCUGGCAAGACGGCCCAGGCUGGGACAUGUGUACUGGUGCUGCUGCUGUCCUUCUCUCUAAUCCUCUUCCCCAGCCUCAAGCCCCUCUCCGACACCAAGGUCAGCCAAGGAGACUUCAGUCCAGUCAGAAUCCAGUCACGGUCCCUGCAGAACCUGCAGGCCUCGCGGGUGCUGCAUGUCAUGGAUCCCCCGCUGCCCGCCGAGGACGAGUCCGAGCAUCUGCACCGGCACCUCCCGGGAGACCGGGGGCUGGACGGCAUCGCGGCGCUGAUGGAGGAGCUGGCAGUGAACCGGGAGCCAUCCGGUUUGGAGGCCGCGUCUCUGAACGGCACUCAGGAGGGAGGCACGGGUCAUUUUCAUGUAGAUCCAAUUACUGGUCACGUAGCUAGCGUGACCUUGGACCCCCAGCGCUCUGCCAGGCUGCGACCGCAUGCUGAUGACAUGUAGCACAGAUGAAGAAAUGAUCCCCAAUAAACUCCCCGAUUUGUCCUGCUCCUAAUGGUAGAGCAGGGAAUUAUGGGGGCUGCUGUUUACACACGUUAGCUGUUAAUUAUUCCUGUUUCGCCUUUAAUAUAUGUGACGUCUGUAUACAUUUGUGAGACUGUUUUAUAUCAGUACAUGAGUUUAAAUCCUGCCAGGGUAAAGUGUGAAUCUGCUACCUGACUUUGGUAAAAUGUAAAUUAGAAAACACUGGCUUAAACGUGUUCUGAUGAUCUGUAUAGUUUGGAUUUUUGAUUCUUUUGGAUUUUAAAAAGCAUGUUUUCAUGAAGAACUGAUUGGAGGAGUCCAGAUUUUCUGCAUGAAAUAAAAGUAUGUAACAAACUGGGA